AUGGUUUCGAUCGCAAAUCGUUGUUUUUUAUUUCUUAUUUUCAGUUUAUCCAUAUUUAGUGUGCAUUGUUACAUAUGUGAUGGAACAGUGCCAUAUGAUCGAUGCUCUACAAAUACAGCCUGUGGUGGUUUUAAUAUGGUAGGUUCUGAUAAUGUUGGUGUAUGUGGUUUCCUCUGGAUGAGUUGUUCACAAUAUGAUUUAUGUGACUCUUCAAGCAAUACUUGUAAUAAACCUGAGCAUAUAUGUGUACAACAUCCUCGAUGUCAUCCAGAUCCAGUUUGUUUGCCAGUAACAAUGAUCGAUCAACGAAUUUGUCCACCAUUGAAAGCGUUGAAUACUGUGCUUCCAAAUACAACUACAAUUGUAACCAUAACUGAAACUACAACUAUAACCACAACUACUGCUGAACCACGAAAUUGGUACAAUACUGGUAGCAUGAACUUUUCUAGACAAAAUCAUGUGGCAACUUUAUUAAGAGAUGGACAAGUUUUGGUUACCGGUGGAAACAUAGGUACUCUUGGUACUACAAACAAGGUUGAACUUAUGCAGCAGUCACGAGAAGGGCACACAUCAUCCUUAUUACCAAAUAACAAAGUGUUAAUUACUGGUGGAAAGAGUACUAGUAGUAGUAUUGAUUCUAGUAGUGCUGAGUUAUAUAAUCCCCAAACAAAAACUUGGUCAAAUAUUGAUAGCAUGAAAUAUAUACGACAAUAUCACACAGCAUCCGUAUUAACAAAUGGAAAAGUAUUAGUUACAGGUGGAUACAGUAGCGCUGGUAUUCAAAAUGCUGCAGAGUUAUAUGAUCCAUAUACAGACAUUUGGACAACUACCGGUAGCAUGAACCAAUCACGAUAUUAUCACACAGAAACCGUAUUAUUAAAUGGAAAAGUGUUAGUUACUGGAGGAUUGAGUAAGAAUUAUCUUAAGAGUGCUGAAUUAUAUGAUCCAACAACAGGAACAUGGACAAUGACAGGUAGUAUGAACCAAGCACGACAUUAUCACACAGCAUCCUUGUUGAAAAAUGGAAAAGUAUUGAUUACAGGUGGAUGGGAUAGUGGGAAUUAUCUUAACAGUGCUGAGCUAUAUGAUCCAUCAACAGAAACAUGGGUAAAUGCUGAUAAUAUGCAUUAUGCGCGAAGUCGCCAUGCAGCAUCUGUAUUACCUAAUGGACAAGUAGUAGUUACUGGUGGAAUUGGCAGUGAGACUCUAAAUAGAGUUGAAUUUUAUGAUCCAUCAACAGGAAUUUGGACAACAACUUAUGAAAGAAUGAAUUAUGCACGACAUUCUCAUACAGCAACCUUAUUAGACAACGGAAAAUUGUUACUUGCUGGAGGAACGGGUACUGUCCUUUUGAAAAGUGCUGAAUUAUAUUAA